AACAGUAAAUGCUUUAUUAAAAAUGUAUUAAUGAUUCAGGUUGGAUUUUGAGAAAAUAUUGGAAAUAAUCUUUCUGCAUCUUGGACGUUAAUGACAAAACAAGCUGUUUAAAAAUCGAUUGGAAGUUCAGCAAUCCAUGCCUAUUUCAAAGCACGUGCGCCAUUGACUGUUAAAUACAAGGUUUAGCUCAUGACCCCGAUGCAAACUGGCCGGUGAGACACGACUCUUGUUAGCGUUGGCUAACCCUAGCCUCAGCAGGACCGAACUGGGGGGAGAUGGCGGCACAUGGAAACACUGGUGCGUCUCUAUGACGCAAUUUACGUAAAAGAAUGCUUUAUCUCUGCUCUUAUUGGUCAACGUCCCGUGACGCUGCCCAAUUAUUGUGGAGCCUCGUUUAUCUCUGUCCAAUCAGUAGCGAGCUUGUAAACUCCGUCGAGCAAAAAGAUUCGGUGGUUUUUCGGCGCUCCUCCAGUAUUAAUAACCGUCAAUGACAUAAUUUUACUUGUUUUUGGUUUUUUUCGCUGUCGUGAGGUGCAACCGGUGUGGUGGGACAGUAGGAUUUUUUUUCAAUAAGAAGCGACUUGUGAAAGGCUAACAAAGUUUGUUGAACAUAAACCCCAAGUAGUAGCCUAGUGAGCUACCUAGCUAGUGUUUCUUGAAACAUGCCGAAUUUUUGCGCCGCGCCGAACUGUACACGGAAGAGUACACAGUCGGAUUUGGCAUUUUUUCGUUUUCCGAGGGACCCCGAGAGAUGUCGGAUCUGGGUGGAAAAUUGUCGCAGAGCGGACCUGGAGGCCAAAACCGCCGAUCAGUUAAACAAGCACUACAGAUUGUGUGCCAAACAUUUCGAUCCAGCUUUAGUGUACAAAACGAGCCCCUACAGGACAGUGCUAAAAGAUACGGCCAUUCCCACCAUCUUUGAUCUGACCAGCCACUUGACAAAUCCUCGCGUCAAACACCGCAAGCAGAUAAAAGAACUUACGGAAGAGGACCUAAGACGAAUAAGGGAAAGGAGAUUGGCUGCGUCUGCUGAGAAAUCCAAAAAGGAGGCAGUAGCCGAAGAUCCCAGAGCAGAUGAGCCACAGAUGUCGGCAGAGGAGAAGGAGCUGCGCGAUUACCUGCGGUCUCUGUUUGAGCUGGUUCUGGAGCUUGCCAAACAAUGCGUUCCGUUGGAGACCUUCAAAGCCCUAGACGGAGACAAAGCAUCCAACAAUUUCCAGGCGCUGCUGCAGUACCGAAUGCAUGCCGGAGACGAGGCCCUGAGGAGGCGCUUCGAGGCCACGCCGGUAAACGCAGACUUCCUGUCCUCGGCCCAGCUGAACCAGCUCCUGGACGUGUGCGAGAACACAGUGAGGGAGGAGAUGUUGAUGGAGGCUAGGGAGGGCCGCUUCUUCUCGCUGGUCACCGACGACCUGGUGGACUUUGGUGACGACAAGCAUCUGCCCCUCUUCCUGCGUUUCGUCAACCAGCACAAUGUGGUCCGCGAGGAAUUUUUGGACUUUGUGUCGUUCGAUGGCGAUGAGCUGGCGCUGGUGGAGCGUAUAGAGGCGCAGCUGACGGAGCGUUGGGGACUCAGCAUGGAGGACUGUCGCGGACAGGCGCACAAAGUAACCGGGGCGUCAGCCACCAAGAUGAAGGCGGUGGCCGUGCUCUUGAUGGAGAAGUACCCGCUGGCCUUGCACAUGCCCUGCUCGCGCAUGGCGCUCAACAUCCACUUGGCCAACAGUCUGCCAUUUCCGAACGUGCAGGUGCUGGUGGAAACGCUUAGGAGGGUUGCUGCCUUCUUCAAGAGCACAGCAGCGCAGGACGGGCUACGCACUUGCAUCAGCGCUCACUACCAAAAGAAUGAUGAAAAGGCCACUGCGCUACAUCAGGCCUGUGCCGACAACUGGACCACGCAGCAUAAUGUCUUCGACGUGCUCCUUGACAUUCUCCCGCCGCUCGUUUCCUGCCUGGACAACAUCCACGAUAACACGGACGGCACCUUCGAUGGCGCGGAGGUGGCCGCCGCCUACUCGCUGUCCGAGAUCCUCGCCGACUUCGAGAUGGUGAUGACCGCCGUGGUCCUGAAAAGCGUCCUCACUUUUACCCGAGCGUUCGGCCGGAAUCUCCAAAGUGAGACGAUGGAUGCCUUCUGCGCCGCUAACAGCCUCACCGCCGUCAUGCACUCGCUCAAUGAGGUCAACGACAACAUCGACGUGUAUCACGAGUUCUGGUACGAGGAGGCCACGAGCCUGGCCGCCUCCAUGGAGAUCCCCGUGCGCGUCCCCCGGCUCUACGUUCAGAGGCAGCGCGCCACCGACAUGAGCGAGAUCCAAGCAGAGGCCUAUUACCGCGAGUACGUCACGCUGCCGAUCAUCCACAGCGUCAUGCAGGAAGUGGAAGAGAUGUUCUCCGAGGUCAACCUCAAAGUCCUCAAGUGCCUAUCGCUGGUGCCCGCCAUCAUGGGCCAAAUGAAGUUCAACACCAGUGAGGAAACCUCAGCCGACGUGUAUCGCGCCGACCUGCCCAGCCCCGACACGCUGCCGGCCGAGCUGCACUGCUGGCGGAUCAAGUGGAAGCACCGCGGCAAAGAGGUGCGCCUACCCACCACCAUCCAUGAGACGCUCCAGCUGCCCGACAUCAAGUUCUUCCCCAACGUCAAUGCCUUCCUCAAGGUGCUCUCCACGCUUCCCGCGCUCAAGAUGGAGGAGCAACAAGGUGUGACGGCCGGCCAGCGGCUGCGGGCCUACCUGGACGAUGUGCCCGCCAAGCUGUGGAACCGCAGCUUGGCCGUGCUCAACGUCAACACCCACGUCAAGCCGGACUUGGAUGUCAUGGUUGACAAAUAUUGCAGACUCUACCCCGAGGACGAGCCCGAGAUGGAAGUCGAGCAAGAAGAGGAAGAAGGCAAAUUAAAUGAGGCUGUUCCGAGUCAGAACUGAAACAGUAGUUGCAUCUUUUGUAUUUAAAUUGUGUUGUUUUUGUGAAAGAGUAGAACCAGGUGCACCUUGUAAUGCAAAACAAGGUAAAUUUUUUGUACCGAUUUCCUUAGAACAAAUUUUAUUCCAAAUUCCCAGUGGUUUAUAAUCAAAAUAAUAAUAUUGCCUGUAAUUGGCUGGGAUAGUCUCCACCCUCGUGAAUAUAAGCAGAACGGAAGAUGAAUGAGUGAAAAUAUACAGACCUGUUCAUACUGUAUAAGCAAGUCCACAUUAAUACAAAUCACACUCCUCCUGUCAAUGUGAUAUUAUUGUUACGAUAAGCAAGGUGACCACAAGGAGGCGCUGCUCUACCAAUGCCAAUUUAUUAGAGCUAAUACUGAGCUGCAGUUAUGUUUGCCUCUACUGAGCCACUUGAAUUCAUUAAUUAAUUGUUAGCACUGUUUUUGUGGGCUGUUUUGAUGUUUAGUGUGUUAUUUUUGACUUAAGCUUCACUUUUCCUGUAAUGAUUCAUUUAUUUACUGUUGAUAGAACAUUUUGGUGUUUUUUCAUAAAUUCCUGAAUUUGCUGUCUUUUUAAUACAGUACUUAAAUAUGUAAUUUGCUCGACCAUGUAUUUUUGUUUAGUCGUCCGUUAAAUAAAGUAUACGUGUUUUUUUAAUGUGGGAGAAAGCUCCAGUACCCUGAGAAAAACCACCCAGGCACUGUAAUAGCAUGCAAAUUCUUCACAUGAAGUUCUCCAGGACUCUAAGCCAGAAUCUCAG